AUGUCGUCGGCUCUCAACGCGAUUAAGAUUCGCCGCAAGAAGAAUGUCAAGAAGGGAAUUCAGUUCUGUCUGAUGGUGUGCGGUGCCAGCGGAACUGGUCGCACAACCUUCGUGAACACUCUCUGCGGCAAGCAAGUGCUGGAGGGCAAGGAGUCCGAUGAUGCGGAACACGCCCACAUCGAGGAGGGCGUCCGCAUCAAGCCUGUCACUGUCGAGCUGGAGCUUGAUGAGGAAGGCACUCGCAUCUCCCUGACUAUCGUUGAUACCCCCGGAUUUGGUGACCAGAUUGACAACGAGGCGAGCUUCGGUGAGAUCGUCGGCUACCUCGAACGCCAAUACGAUGACAUUCUUGCGGAGGAGUCGCGCAUUAAGCGUAACCCCCGAUUCAGAGAUAACCGUGUGCACGUUCUGCUGUACUUCAUCACACCCACCGGUCAUGGUCUCCGCGAACUCGACAUCGAGCUGAUGAAGCGCCUGUCCCCCCGUGUCAACGUCAUCCCCGUCAUCGGCAAGGCCGAUUCCCUUACACCCGCAGAACUGGCCGAAUCCAAGAAGUUGAUCAUGGAGGACAUUGAACACUAUCGCAUUCCCGUCUACAACUUCCCCUACGAUAUUGAGGAGGAUGACGAGGACACAGUUGAGGAGAAUGCUGAGCUCCGUGGCUUGAUGCCUUUUGCCAUUGUUGGCUCGGAAGACUUCGUUGAGAUCGAUGACCGGAAAGUGCGCGCGCGACAGUACCCAUGGGGUGUGGUCGAGGUUGAGAACCCGCGCCACUCCGAUUUCCUGGCCAUCCGUAGCGCCCUUCUUCACAGCCACUUGGCUGAUCUGAAGGAGAUCACUCACGACUUCCUCUACGAGAACUACCGUACCGAGAAGCUCAGCAAGAGCGUGGACGGCGCUACUUCGGGCUAUGAUUCCUCCAUGAACCCAGAGGACCUUGCUUCCCAGUCCGUCCGCCUCAAGGAGGAGCAGCUCCGCCGCGAGGAGGAGAAGUUGCGCGAGAUUGAACUCAAGGUGUCGCGCGAGAUCGCUGAGAAACGGCAGGAGCUGCUGGCCCGCGAGAGCCAGCUCAGAGAAAUCGAGGCUCGUAUGGCGCGCGAGGCAAGCCAGAGCAAUGUCAGCGAAGCCGCCAACGGGGAGGCAUAG